AUGAGUAUGUUAACGUCAUUUGUUUUUGCUGUUUUGCUCCUCAGUUUUUUGCCUCUAAUAUCGGCAACAGUUGUUCAAGAUUUUAACCAUGUAGAGAGGUGCAAGGACUCCCUGUACAUGGGGACACCACCACGAGGGAUCAUCGAAACCCAACUGAAGAAGAUCUGCCAACGCUAUGCAGACAAACCUCGUUAUGUGACCCUGUAUGAUCCUCACAAGAGGAUUCCAGUUUACUCAGCUUAUACCUUCAAAAAGACAGAAGGAGACAGGCGUGUGGACUACCCUUGGAUGUACGAGCCACAGCUGGCAGAAAUCGAUGGAAAUGGAAACAUGCUGCCAUUCCCCACUGGCUACCUGCACAUGAAGUUUGAGGACAGCCAGGCGGUCCUGGAUGACUACUCCGACGUGGUUCUCUAUGAGAGAGCUCACCUGAACCCGGACCAGCACCAGUCCACUCCACAUGACCGCGCUGCCACUUACACCCUAACCAAUGUGGUCCCGGAGAUACGGGAGUUCAACAUCGGGCCUUGGCGUGAGUAUGAGGAGCGAAUCCGCGUCCGCCUCAACAACUUCUGCCGUGGCACUGCCUUCAUCGUCACCGGAGUGACCACCAGAGGGAACACGAUCCGUCGCAACAACCAGGACCGUGUGGCCAUCCCUGAAGAUGUGUGGUCCGCUUACUGCUGCACUGACUACGACCGCAACGCACCCCAUGAUGUUCGAAUCCGCUUCCCAUCCCACGCAGCCUUGGCCAAAAACGCUAAAGAGGGCAACAGCGUUCAUGAAAUGUCGGUCCAGGAACUUGAGAUAUUUCUGAAAAAUAAUAUGGAUGUUGACCAGAACCUUCAGAUCUUCUACGACAAUUGCAUCUCUCCCUCACCCCUUCCUCUAUACCUGCAACACACCAUCUGAAGGCUCUGCCAGAU